UUGCAGCUCUAUGAUAUUGAAAGUGGCACCAAGACUACCAUAUUGAACUAUUGCUCCUAUGUGCAGUGGGUCCCAGGCAGUGAUGUGGUGGUGGCCCAGAACAGAAAUAGCCUUUGUAUUUGGUAUAACAUUGAUGCUCCAGAGCGAGUCACCAUGUUUCCUCUGAAGGGGGAUAUUGUAAACUUGGAACGUAAUGAUGGAAAGACUGAAGUGAUAGUAUCUGAAGGGGUGAACACUGUGUCCUAUACCCUGGAUGAAGGCCUCAUAGAGUUUGGAACUGCUGUUGACGAUGGGGAUUAUCACAGGGCUACUGCAUUUUUGGAGACACUGGAGAUGUCCACAGAGACUGAAGCUAUGUGGAAGACUCUAAGCAGACUGGCUUUGGAAGCUAGACAGCUGCACAUUGCAGAGAGGUGCUUUGCAGCUCUAGGCAACAUGGCAAAGGCUCGAUUUCUGCAUGAAACCAAUACCAUUGCUGACCAGGCAGCUCAAGAGCACGGUGGGGAUGGUACAGACCAUUAUCUGGUGCGUGCCCGCUUGGCCAUGCUAGACAAGAACUACAAGUUGGCAGAGAUGAUCUUCCUGGAACAAAAUGCUACAGAGGAGGCCAUGGACAUGUACCAGCAGCUGCACAUGUGGGAUGAAUGCAUUGUGGUUGCCGAGGCCAAGGGACACCCAAUGCUGGAUAAGUUGCGUCGGGGUUACUACCAAUGGCUGCUGGAUACCCAGCAGGAAGAGAAGGCUGGGGAGGUCCAGGAGGGACAGGGCGACUACCUGGCAGCCAUCAGCUUAUACCUGCGGGCAGGGCUGCCAGCCAAAGCAGCACGGUUGGCCAUGAGCAGGGAUGAGCUCCUGAUCAAUAUGGAUGUCAUCAAUAGGGUCUCCACAGCACUGAUCAGAGGGGAAUUGUAUGAACAGGCUGGAGACCUGUUUGAGAAGGUUGGGAACCCACAGAAGGCUCUGGAGUGCUAUUGCAAGGGCAGUGCCUUCCUGAAAGCAGUGGAGCUGGCUCGCCUGGCAUUUCCCGCAGAAGUUGUGAAGCUGGAGGAGGCCUGGGGAGAUCAUCUGGUGCAGCAGAAACAGAUGGAUGCUGCUAUUAACCAUUAUAUUGAAGCCAGGUGCUCGAUUAAGGCCAUUGAGGCAGCCUUGGGAGCCCGGCAGUGGAAGAAGGCCAUCUACAUUUUGGACUUGCAGGACAAACAGACAGCAGCCAAAUAUUAUCUCAAGAUUGCCCAGCACUAUGCAGCUUUACAGGAGUAUCAGGUUGCAGAGGAGCUGUUCAUCAAAGGAGACCAGACCAAGGAUGCCAUUGACAUGUACACACAGGCUGGGCUCUGGGAACAGGCUCACAAGCUGGCAAUCAAGUGUAUGAGUCAGGAAGAUGUGUCUGUGCUCUAUAUAACCCAGGCCCAAGAGAUGGAGAAGAAGGGCAAGUACAAAGAAGCAGAGAGGCUGUAUAUCACUGUGAAUGAACCUGAUUUGGCCAUCACCAUGUACAAGAAAUGUAAGAUGUAUGAUGAGAUGGUUUGCCUAGUAGCCAAGUACCACAAGGACUUACUCAGUGAUACCCACCUGCACCUGGGCAAGGAGCUGGAGGCAGAGGGACGCUUACAGGAGGCUGAGUACCACUACCUAGAAGCUAAGGACUGGAAGGCCACAGUAAACAUGUACAGAGUGAAUGACAUGUGGGAGGAAGCUUACAGGGUGGCCAAGGCACAUGGGGGAGCAAACUCCUAUAAGCACGUGGCCUAUAUGUGGGCAAAGAGCCUGGGUGGAGAGGCAGCUGUGAAACUCCUCAGUAAAUUCGGACUUCUGGAGAUGGCCAUUGACCAUGCAGCAGACAGCGGGGUCUUUGAAUUUGCUUUUGAACUGGCCCGCCUUUCCAUGAAGCAGAAGAUGCCAGAGAUCCACUUAAAGUAUGCCAUGUUCCUAGAAGAUGAGGGCAAAUUUGAAGAGGCCGAAGCAGAAUUUAUUAAAGCUGGGAAACCCAAGGAGGCAGUGCUGAUGUUUGUGCAUAACCAGAACUGGGAUGCUGCGCAGCGUGUGGCUGAGGCUCAUGACCCGGACAGCGUGGCUGAUGUGCUUGUGGGACAGGCACGUUUUGCUUUUGAGCAGAGAGAGUUCCAGAAAGCGGAGGCCUUCCUCCUGCGAGCACAGAGACCUGAGCUGGCAAUAAAAUACUACAAGGAGGCUGGCAUGUGGAGCGAGGCCCUGCGGAUCUGCAAGGAAUAUGUGCCUAGUCGACUAGAAGAGUUACAAGAGGAGUGUGGCAGGGAGGCUGCCAAGAAGGGCUCCAGAGGAACAGAAGGGCUGCUGGAGCAGGCACGGGAGUGGGAGCAGGCUGGGGAAUAUGCCAGGGCAGUGGACUGCUACCUGAAGGUGCGGGAUCCCAGCAACAGUGUCCUGAUGGAGAAGUGCUUGCUGAAGGCUGCUGAGUUGGCCGUUAAAUUCUUGGGUCAGUCACAGAGCGUGGAGGUGACGCGGACUGUGGCUCCUCAGCUGGUGACCAUGAAGAAAUACAGUGCGGCAGCUGAAUUGUACCUCAACUUGGACCUCAUCCAAGAAGCUAUUGAUGCCUUCAUUGAAGGGGAGGAAUGGAGCAAAGCCAAGCGCGUCGCUAAGGAGUUGGACCCCAGGUCAGAGGAGUAUGUGGACCAGCGUUACAAGGAGUAUUUAAAGAACCAAGGAAAGGUAGAUUCGCUGGUGGGAAUAGAUGUCAUGGCUGCUUUGGACAUGUAUGCAGAACAGGAGCAAUGGGAGAAGUGCCUGGAGGUUGCAGCUAAGCAGAACUAUAAAGUCUUACACAAAUAUGUAGCUCUGUAUGCAACCCACCUCAUCCGGGAGGGCAGUUGGGACAAAGCCCUGAGCCUGUAUGUCCACCAUGGAGCACCUGCCAACACACAGAAUUUCAACAUUUACAAGCGGCUCUUUGUGGAGAUGGUGAAUGCAUCUGGCAUGAAUUGUGCCGAGGCCUACUCCAGCUGGGCUGACUUGCGUGAUGUUCUUUUCCAUCUGUGUGAAAACUUAGUGAAGUCAAGUGAGGCAGACACUCCAGCACACAAAGAGUUUGAAACAAUGCUGCUGAUCUCUCACUACUAUGCCACUCGCUCAGCUGCCCAGGGCGUGAAGCAACUGGACACUGUGGCUGCCAAGCUGUCCAUUUCCCUGCUGCGCCACACUGAGCUCCUCCCUGCAGACAAGGCUUUCUAUGAAGCUGGGAUAGCUGCAAAGGCAGUCAGUUGGGAGAACAUGGCAUUCAUCUUCCUGAACNNNNCACUUCUCCUUUCUCAGGCCAUUGAAGAAGGGAACCUGGAUUCUCUGGACCACUCUGAUUUCCAGAGCACAGACAUUCCUUUUGAAGUGCCACUUCCAGCCCAACAGCAUGUGCCU